CGGACCUCUAUCUUUCUUUCUCCGUAGGAAGGUCUCUGAUCCCUCUGCGUCCUUAAAAACACAACUUCCCCUUUUCGCAAACUUUUCCUUCAAACUAUCAUCCCCAAAAGAAAGAAAGAAAAAAAAAAAAGUUCAUUUACUUUCUCUUUUCCUGCAUUUUUUUUUAUCUGACUAGGAGUCUCUGCAAUCUUUCCCCUCUGUAUCUAAUUUUCUUCCCUUCUGAUCUUUUAUCCACCCUAGAGGAAGCCUACUAAAAAGUUUCCUAUUCACCCUAAACACGCCUAUGCAAAUCAAUAAUCAUAAGGCACUCAUCAUAUAAUCACAACCACUCCUUUUCAGUUCUCCUCAAAGGUAGCUCUCCUUUCAAUGUUCUAACCCAUUUUUGUUUCCUCAUUAAUUCCUAUCAAACUUCUUCACAUUCCCUAGCUCUCUUAUUCCAAUAACUCUUUUUCUUGUCAAGUAUUGACUGACCAAGUGUUUGGUUUUUGACUAACUUAGAUCUCAAUCGUCCUCAUGUUCUCAAGUUUGAACCCUAUAAUGAGAACCGCAACAAAUUUGCCUGAUCUUUCUCUCCAGAUCAGCCCACCAUCUGCCUCAGAUUGUGAAGCCAAAGAAGUAGGAUUUGAUGGAUUGCCAAGAAAUGCACUCUAUAGUGAUGGGAGCUCAGCCACCGACUCCGGUAGCAGUGGCAGCGAUUUAAGCCAUGAAAAUGGCUUCUUUAAUCCAGACAGGAGCACUUAUAAUCUUGGCCCUUGUGAGCCUACGUUGAGUCUAGGAUUCGAAAUGGUUGAUUUAGCUCCUCCUCCCUCACUACAACUACCAAGAAACCUUAAUCAUCAUCAGCAAUAUCAACCUCAAAUCUAUGGCCGUGAGUUCAAGAGGAAUGCAAGAAUGAUUAAUGGAGUGAAAAGAAGCAUUAGAGCUCCCAGAAUGAGAUGGACAACAACUCUACAUGCCCACUUUGUUCAUGCGGUCCAGCUUCUUGGAGGCCAUGAAAGGGCAACUCCAAAAUCUGUCUUAGAGUUGAUGAAUGUGAAGGAUCUAACCCUAGCUCACGUGAAGAGUCACUUGCAGAUGUAUAGAACAGUGAAGAGCACUGACAAAGGAUCAGGUCAAGGGCAGACAGAUACAGGUUUAAACCAAAGGACAGGAGUUGUUGAUGCAAAUGGAGGAUUAUCUUGUGGAAAAACUGAUACCAAACCUUCUUCUCUCAACCCAUUACUAGCAUCACCACAGCCAACACAACAGAAAUGCCAAAGAGGGUCAGUGCCAUCAAUGGAGACAGACGACGAGAGGAGUAUAUCAGACAAUGCAAAUGCUUUGACAUAUUCUCAUUUCAAGGGAAAUGAUACUAAGGUGGACGGACGCAGGGCAGCCCUCCAUGUGUCUGAUCACAAUGUGGUGGAGAGGUUGGAUUCUAACUCCUUGGCACCUUCUGAUAAAUUUCUUAAUCUAGAGUUCACCCUUGGAAGACCAAGUUGGCAAAUGGACUAUGCUGAAUCCUCAAAAGAGUUAACCCUCCUAAAGUGUUGAAAUAUCACUAAGUCCAUUAAUUGAUGUAAUGUUUUUUUGCUUUUCAAUGUGAAGGAAAUAAUUUCUAAUUACCUUGCAUUGGCAAGUUUUGACUACUGAACUUUAGAAAAUUAAGGGCGAAUGGAAAGGUCUAACUCUUAUUUUGCUGGAUCCCCUAGAUUUGAGAGAUCAAUGUGCGUAGCUAAAUCUAGUGUCUACUGAUUUUCCUCUAUUGUAAAAGACUUUUAAUUAUUCAUCCCAAAUUCUGCUGUACUAAUUAUCUCGAUAGGCCAUGGUCUAUAAUAAUGGUCCUUGCCAGAGGGCCAUGGCUCACCCUCUCGAUUGGUCCAGAUUAAUGGA